UCCGCGCUGACGAAUGCAGCCGCCACCGCUCUGACCGAGCACUGAGUUGUGAGCAGUAUACGACCGUCCGCGCGCGCAAUAACCCGCGAAAUUUGACAGAACUCGCGCCAAAAUGGGUGUCGUGAAGAACACAACGAAAAAACACAGCGACAAAAACGCGAAAAAUGAUAAAGUGAAAAAGAAAAAGACAGUGUCGUGCUUGCAAUGUUUGAAGUCGCCGGACGAUGGCGGUGUAGAAGGCAAAUACCGCGUGGCAGCUCCAGAGCUUAUGCAAGAUACGUUUAUGAGUGACUCCGAAGACGAAGGCGGAGAAGUGGAGUGUCCGAUCCAACAGCAGCAGCAGUACCGCUACAUGAACAGCGAGGCGGGCACGCUGCAGCGGGCGCGGCCGCUCGACGACACAGUCGCCGACGGCCACCGCUGGCCCAGCAACAAUGACAGCAAAACGCACACCAUCGAGCGACAGCCGCUGGACAUCGGUUUUCUGGUGUCAUUUGUGGUGGACGCUCGCGGUGGGGCCAUGAAGGCGAAGCGGCGCGGCGGCGUGCGCAUCAUCGUGCCGCCCGCUGCGUGCGCCGCACCCACACGAGUUACGUGCCGAGCGGCGACACGUCGAGCUCCGGCAGCGGCGCCGCCGCCCCUGAUGGAGGGCGAAGCCCUGGCGUCCAGACUGUUAGAACUACAGCCACAGGGAGCAAAGUUCUUAGCGCCAGUAAUAAUCGAGGUGCCGAUAUUCACGGCGUCGUGUCCGGAACGCGAGAUCGUGAUCCUGCGGUCGGACACAGGCGACACGUGGCAGGACCACUACCUACACAACAACGAUAAUGCCAUGAUACAGGAGGUGCUAAGCCGCGAGCGUGCGGAGUUUGGCAACAGCGGGGAAGCGAUCGGCGAGAACGGCGAGCGAGUGACGCGCGUUGUGACGUGCGACUUCCCCCACUACCUGGCGGUGGUGUCUCGAGUGCGGCAGGAGGUGCACGCUAUUGGACCCGAUGGAGGAACUGUGUCCUCCGCGCAUAUCCCACAGGUCCAAGCGCAGUUCCCCGCGCAGGCGCUGACCAAGCGCAUCCGCGUGGGUCUGCAGGCGCACGGUGCGCGCGCGGAACUCGUGCGCCGUUACCUGCCGCGCCGCGCCGCCGUGUCGCCCGUCAUCACGGUCGAGCCGCGCCGCCGCAAGUUCCACAGGUCCAUCACGCUCACCGCGCCGCUGCCCCACCAUCCCGACGACAAGGUAAACACACACGACAAGGCGUCAACCGCGAACCUGCGGCUACUGUGCUCGAUAAUGGGCGGGCAGGCGCGCGCCGUGUGGGAGGACGUCACCGGCUCCACGCCCCUCACGCUCGCCGGCGACUGCGCCUCCUUCACCACCACCGUGUCCGCCAGAUUUUGGUUGAUGAACUGUCAAAACGUCAGCGACGCGACCAAACUGGCGACAGAUUUGUACAGGGAGAUGCUGGUGGUCCCGUUCUCUGUUCGCAUCGUGGUGCUCGGCAAGCGGCUCGACGCGCUCGAGGGCCGCCUGCUAGUGCUGUAUAUCACAGACAGAUACGCGUAUGAUACGUUGCUGCAACAGGAGCACUACUCGGAGGUGGCGCACUCGACGGCGGUGGUGUUAUCUGACGGCAAGCCGGUCUACCUGGAGUUCUCCGGCAACCUCGUACCUGUCACCAAGUCGGGGACACAGCCCAACUUCACUUUUGAGGCAUUCAAAGACAACCGCGUGGAGUUCACUGUGCGCGUGAAACAUCACGAGGAGAGUCCCGCUGGCCGAAUAUACUUCAUGAACGAACCUAAAGUGGCCAAGGGUGAGCCGGCGCUGAGCCCGACGUGCGUGUUGGACGUGUCGUUACCGGCGGCGGUCGCGCCGGCGCCCGCGCGCUCGCAUGCCGAUUGCUUACAUUUGGACCAGAGCGGUUUCGAUGCUCUGAAAGAUGAGCUCAGUUUCCAUUGGGGAGACCAUAACAACAGUUUGGGACCUGCCUCCAUACAUGACGACACACCAAAACUGAAUGGCCAUGCAAAGACAAUCACAAAUGGAGACGCUAAGUACACUAAAGACGACAGCGAUAGCGACACUAAACCUCAAGUUAACGGAAAUGCUGUUCACGUUGAUUCAAAUAAAACAAAGGCGACGUUCGACUCUGACGAAGACAAGACGCCAAUGAACACGCUAGAGAAAGGCAAGAAGAAGAACGAAGGAGGUUUCCUCGGAGGCCUCGCCGAUAAAGUAAAGAAUGUGUUCAGUCACAGCGAGGACAAGGACGAAAGCAAAGAGUCCUCGCCCAAACCUCAGCCCAAGCCUCGCGAAUCUAAGGACAAAUCUCCGCCUAAACCCGCCCCGCGUGUCAUAAAUGAAGACUUACUCGAAAAAGUUGAUGACAUGUUCAAAGACCUUAAAACCAAACCUCUUCAAAAAGAUGUAGACGAAGUAGAUAACGUAAUAUACUCGACCAAACUGGUCGUAGACGAAGAUCUACCUCAUGAUUUGAAACUCAAAACGGACGAAGUCUAUCACCAGUAUGAACACAUGCAACCGGUCGACACUCCCUUACAUUGCAAAACGACCGAUCCAUUCCAAUUUUACACGGGUUGUUGCGAUGGGAGGUACAAACCGGGAGAGAAACAUCGCCACGAUGAAACCUCUACAUUGGCCGAUAGAAUAGAGCAAGUUCAAUUCGCGACUAAUGAGAAAAUCCAGGCAGUAACUGAUAGAGAUCAAGGUGAUGUUAAAGAUGGCUUAGAUAAACUAGGAAAGGAAAAGGAUAAUGUCAAACAAAAAACGAGUGAUUUUAAGGAUGAAAUAAUUGAAAAAACUACUCAGAUAAAGAAUGAUGUUAACAAAAAGGGGGAGGAAGUAAAGACGAAUCUCAAAGAGAGUGUAAAAAAUGUCAAGGAAGGUGUAAAUGAAAAAAUUGAUGAUGUGUCUCAAAAAACAGAAAACCUCAAGGACGAUUUCAGUAACAAGGCUGCCGAAAUAAAUUCUCAUGUCGCAUCGGAAAUUGAUAAUCUAAGAGCAUCUGCGGAAAAGACUAUUAACUCCUUGACAGAAAACGUUGACUAUGCCCGCAGUGAUGCGAAAAACAGAAUCAAUGAAUUAGAUUUUGCUGCUCGGGAAAGAGCUGAAGAUUUAAAAAUUUAUGGCAAUGAAAAAUUAGGCCAAAUUGAAGGUAGCCUUCAAAAUGCUUCAACUGCUCUUAAAGAUAAAACACAAGCAGGAAUUGACACAGUAACCGAAAAAGUUCAAAAGACUGAAAAGGAGUUAAACAGUAAGCAAGCUGAAUUAAGCUCUAAGGCAGCUGAAAUUAAGUCAGGGGCAGAAGAGCAAGUUUCUGAAGUUAUCAAGACAGCAGAAAACACAGUAAAUGACAUUGGAAAGUCACUGGAUUCUGCAAAAGAUAAAUCAAAAUCCAAGGGAAAGAAAAAAUCAAAGGAAGGCAAAAAUUUCCUUUCGGAGCUGGUGCAUAAUAUAUUCGGUGAAAAGGACAAAAUAGAAGGUGAAAUUAAAGAAAAAAUUUCAGAGGGCAAAGAUGCUGCAAAUAAAGUUGUUGACGAAGCAUCAACGUUGAAAAAUAAUGCUGAAGCAAGUGCCGCUAAAAAGAUUGAGGAUGUUAAAGGAGGUGCUGAACAAAUAGUACACGACGUCACAACGGAGAGUGAAAAAUUAGUUAAUGAUGCCAAAUCAAAAACUGAUGAAGUAAAGAAAGCUGCAAAGGACACAAAAGAUAAUUUGCAGGAAUCGAUUAGCAAUAAAAAAGACGAGAUAGUAUCCGAUAUUAAAGAUGCAACGACUCAAAUGAGCCAAGCCAUAGUCGACACAAAGGAUUCCGCAGCGGAUGCUGUAAAUAAAAAGAAAGUUGAAAUCUUGGAGACGAAAGAUACAAUCAUUAACGAAGCCGACGAUCGGUUGCAACAGAUAAAACAGGAGGCGGAACAAACUACGGAUGAAAUCAAGAGAGCCGCCGAGGAAACUCUGAAUGCUGCUGUAAAUAAAAAGGACGAAAUACAAAUCAAUGUAACAGAUAAAAUUAAUGAUCUCAAAGAAUCAGGCAAGAAAGAAUUAAGUAAUAUACAGAAGGCGGCUGCCGAUAAAGGCGACGAAAUACAACAGUCAGUUAAGCACUCGUUUGACGAAGUACAGGAGACGUCCUCGAGCGCUUUCGACAAGCUCGAAAGCGCUGCGAAGGACAAAGUUAAAGACGCAACGGAUACGUGGGAGGACUUGCAAAGUUCCACCAGGGAUACAUUCGCCGAUUUCAGGGACGAUGUACACGGGCUAGAGAAUUCUGCACAGGACACGCUACACAGUUUUCAGAGCUCCGCCGGCAACACUUUUGACAGCUUAGACGAUUCCGCGCGGGAAUUCAUAGGAGGCGUCCAAACUACGGGCGAUAAUGUUAAGCAAGAAACGAAAGAACUAUUCGGCAAUGCGAAAGACUCGUUCGAAGGCUUCCAAGUGACGGCUGGGGAUAAAUUAGAGGAUGUAAAGCAGGCGACGGAUGAACGGUUGAAGCAGGCGGGCGAGAGGUUGGAGGAAGCGAGACAGGGCGUUGUUGAGGAAGCGAGACAGACAGAGGGGGCGGUGGCGGGCGCGCUCGCGGACGAGGCGGACAAGUUCGCAAGUAAUCUUAACGACCUGGGCAACACAGUGUUCGGGAAGAGCGGGACAGGAUUAUUGAAAGAUUCCAGUACAAAGUUACUUGAAUCAGAGAAAUCACAGUCAUCACCACACAAAAAGGGCUCAGGAAUACCGAAACUCAAGCGGAAGAACAAGAAAUAAGUCGAACGACCGACCUCGAACGAACGUAUGGUAUAUAGAUAUAGCGUAGAUGUACUAUUUAUUGUUGUUAUACUAUUGUUUCAGAGAAGUGUCGUAUUUCUCAUAGAAUAACGGUAGCUUCAAAGCGCAUCUAUGAAACAAUCGUUAUUAUGUAGAUCUAAGUGUUUUAUGAGUAGGGCUGAUCAGGGUAAGUACGGAUACAGGGUAAGUCUGCGGGGCUAAAAUGGUCGCUUUGGAGAAUCAUGAUAU